ACCUGUCAUACAAUGGACAUAAAGGCCUACCUCCAGAGGGUGAAUUUGACGCACUGUAAACCUCCUUCCCUCUCAGCAUUACGGGAAUUACACCGCCACCAUGUACACUCUGUGCCCAUAGAAAGUCUCAGCAUACACAGUGGGGAGAAAAUUAUUCUAGACAUAUCAUGGAUAUACGACAAAAUAGUUGUAAGGCGACGAGGUGGUUUCUGUUAUGAGAACAAUGGUCUUUUCUUAUGGGUGCUACAACAACUGGGCUACCACCCAAAAGUGCUUGCAGCCAGGGUGAGAAACCAAACAAUCAAAAUGUAUGGCCCACCACUGGAACACAUAAUAUUGACAGUAGAACUAGAAGGAAGGAGAUGGCUUUGUGAUGUUGGUUAUGGUGAAGGAAUCAUUGAGCCAAUUCCCCUGGAGGAUGGAUGGGAAGAGGAGCAGGACAGCGGUGUGUAUCGAUUACGUGUAGAAGGAGAUGAGUGGUUUAUGGAGAGGAAGGAGGAGGAAGCCUGGAGAAGUCUUUUCAGGUUCACCCUAGAGGAGAGGACAUUUGACGACUUCCGGGAGAUGUGUGAAUAUCACCAGACAUCACCCUGCUCUUUCUUUGUCCAAAAAUCCUGCUGUUCCCUACAGCUCCCAUGUGCCAGACUGACGUACAUUGGGCACCGGCUGAUCAGCACCAAGUACACCAAGGGAGGAGGAAGUGUGAAGACCACUCAGGAACUCACGGAGGAGGAGAUCCCUGGAUUACUUAGAGAUAAGUUUGGGAUUGUCCUAAGUGGGAAACUAAUACCGAAGGAUGAAGAUCUUGUAAUUCCAAAUCUACCUCAAUGAUUGGUGACCUGUUGCUAAAAAUGUUGUCAGUUUACAUGUCAUACAUCUCAUACAUAAUCUUCUUCUUACUGUAUUUACUAACAUGUUUUGUCAUGUGUGACCAACUUUACGAGCCAUUGAUACUUUAUGGAGUCAAAUACCAUCUGACCAAUUCCAGUACAUUGAACUAACAUUAUUUUUUUUUAGGGAUCAGGGCACAUGUUUCCAGCCAUCCGACAUAGUUGCCAUCUGGCAUACAGGUGCCAGAUAUAAAAAAAUGUUGCAAGCAGCACUUUUUGAUCUGGAAAAACCUUGUCAGAGGGUAGUUCAGCUAGAUGGUCCAUUAGGCAGGUGCUGGGCCCUAUUAGGCCUAUGGGACAACGGAUCCAACUUUUUGCAUUCAGCUUUCUCAUCUAGAACAGUUCCGGACGGCCGGACAUAUGUGAACCCAGCCUGAUCACAAUUCUCUUCUAGGACUUCUGAGCCACGUUAGAUGAGAACUCAAUACAUACAUAGGUGAGGGGGGUAAGCCGCUGCCAAACUGUUCUGGUGGUGGCUUAUUACUCCCAAAUCAACAGGGUCAUACAGCUAAAAUUAAACAUACCUGAGCCCGACCCUUCCCUCCCCAAGCACAAUCUCUUGGUGAGAGUUGGGAGGCCAACAUCAACUUUGGACAGGCCACCUCCUCCAAUCUACAUAAUAUAACAUAAAGUGCUGAUACUGGAACUUUUUGCAGUCCACUGCAAUUUUUUGUAUGAUGUUUACAUGUCUCUACAGUCCAUUUUAUUUGAUCACAUGACCAGUGCAUUUAUGUAUAGCAUUGCUGCUUGCUUAUACUUCUUGUCUAGACAUUGAAAUUUUCUUAUUCUUGAAAAGUUGUAUAUUUUGCAUAAAAAAAUACAAAAUUACAAAAUGUAAUUAAAAA